AUGAGUGUGAACGGUGCCUCCUUCCUUGAGGGAGGCCCGACGACGGCAUUUGUUGCCUCCCUCACUGUAGAGCUCUCCGAGUCUGGUCUGCAGGCUGCUGGUGUCUCGGCGUUGGCUGACGGUUUCCGCUCACCUUGCGGUUGCCCUCAAGGGGAGACGGAUUCGCUGAAGGAUGUCUUGUAG